AUGCAGACGGGCGGCCAGCUGGGCUGGAGCAGUGACUGCCCCUCUGGCAGGGGCACAGAGGGGAGGAGGCGGUUCACAGCUGUGACCUUGGAGAGCAAGGUGGUGGGCGAGAGCGCUACAGGCCGUGUGGUUGACCAGCGGUGCCAGGCGGACUUUGCUGGCCAGUGCAGGGAGGUGCAGGAGAGAUUUGAUGGGGCAACGUUCUUCCUCAAGUGGAGCCGGUGCCAGCCCAGGCAGGCCCACCUGGCGGAGGUGUCUGCACUGAGGGAAAAAGUAGAAUAUGCCUUCCUGAUUAUUUUUACAGUCGAGACCUUUUUGAAGAUUAUAGCGUAUGGAUUGUUGCUACAUCCUAACGCUUAUGUUAGGAAUGGAUGGAAUUUACUGGAUUUUGUUAUAGUCAUAGUAGGAUUGUUCAGUGUGAUUUUGGAACAAUUAACCAAAGAAACAGAAGGUGGUAACCACUCCGGCGGCAAAUCAGGGGGCUUCGAUGUCAAAGCCCUCCGCGCCUUUCGAGUGCUACGGCCACUUCGCCUCGUGUCAGGAGUGCCCAGUUUACAAGUUGUCCUGAACUCCAUUAUAAAAGCCAUGGUUCCCCUCCUUCACAUAGCCCUUUUGGUAUUAUUUGUAAUCAUAAUCUAUGCUAUUAUAGGAUUGGAACUUUUUAUUGGAAAAAUGCACAAAACAUGUUUUUUUGCUGACUCAGAUAUCGUAGCCGAGGAGGACCCAGCGCCGUGCGCGUUCUCAGGGAACGGCCGCCAGUGCGCCGCCAACGGCACGGAGUGUCGGGGCGGCUGGGUGGGCCCCAACGGGGGCAUCUCCAACUUCGACAACUUCGCCUUCGCCAUGCUCACCGUGUUCCAGUGCAUCACCAUGGAGGGCUGGACGGACGUGCUCUACUGGAUGAAUGAUGCUAUGGGAUUUGAAUUGCCCUGGGUGUAUUUUGUCAGUCUCGUCAUCUUUGGGUCAUUUUUCGUACUAAAUCUUGUACUUGGUGUAUUGAGCGGAGAAUUCUCAAAGGAAAGAGAAAAGGCAAAAGCUCGGGGAGAUUUCCAGAAGCUCCGGGAAAAGCAGCAGCUGGAAGAGGAUCUCAAGGGCUACCUGGACUGGAUCACCCAGGCAGAAGACAUUGACCCCGAGAAUGAGGAGGAAGGUGGCGAGGAGAGCAAACGAAACACCAGCGUGCCACCCAGUGAGACAGAGUCUGUGAACACAGAGAACGUAAGUGGUGAAGGCGAGCGUCCUGGCUGCUGUGGAAGUCUUUGGUGCUGGUGGAGAAGAAGAGGCGCAGCCAAGACGGGGCCCUCGGGGUGCCGGCGGUGGGGUCAAGCCAUCUCAAAAUCCAAGCUCAGCCGACGCUGGCGUCGCUGGAACCGAUUUAAUCGCAGAAGAUGUAGGGCUGCCGUGAAGUCGGUCACGUUUUACUGGCUCGUUAUUGUCCUGGUGUUUCUCAACACCUUAACCAUUUCCUCCGAGCACUACAACCAGCCUGACUGGUUGACACAGAUUCAAGAUACUGCGAACAAAGUGCUGUUGGCUCUGUUCACCUGUGAGAUGCUGGUGAAGAUGUACAGCUUGGGCCUGCAGGCGUAUUUUGUCUCUCUGUUCAACCGGUUCGAUUGCUUCGUGGUGUGCGGCGGGAUCACCGAAACGAUCCUGGUGGAGCUGGAGAUCAUGUCUCCCCUGGGGAUCUCUGUGUUUCGUUGUGUGCGCCUCUUAAGAAUUUUCAAAGUGACCAGGCACUGGACGUCCCUGAGCAACUUAGUGGCGUCUCUGCUAAACUCCAUGAAGUCCAUCGCUUCGCUGUUGCUCCUGCUCUUUCUGUUCAUCAUCAUCUUUUCCUUGCUCGGGAUGCAGCUGUUUGGCGGCAAGUUCAAUUUUGACGAGACGCAAACCAAGCGGAGCACCUUUGACAACUUCCCGCAGGCACUCCUGACCGUGUUCCAGAUUCUGACAGGCGAGGACUGGAACGCCGUGAUGUACGACGGCAUCAUGGCGUACGGGGGCCCGUCAUCUUCAGGCAUGAUCGUCUGCAUCUACUUCAUCAUCCUCUUCAUCUGCGGCAACUACAUCCUACUGAAUGUCUUCCUGGCCAUCGCUGUAGACAACCUGGCGGAUGCCGAAAGUCUGAACACAGCUCAGAAGGAAGAAGCUGAAGAGAAAGAGAGGAAGAAGAUUGCCAGAAAAGAGAGCCUGGAAAAUAAAAAGAACAAACCAGAGGUCAACCAGAUAGCCAACAGUGACAACAAGGUCACAAUCGAUGACUAUCGAGAAGAGGAAGAGGACAAGGACCCCUACCCACCUUGUGAUGUCCCAGUAGGCGAAGAGGAGGAGGAGGGGGAAGAUGACGAGCCGGAGGUCCCGGCCGGGCCCCGGCCUCGCAGGAUCUCGGAGCUGAACAUGAAGGAGAAAAUCGCCCCCAUCCCUGAAGGGAGCGCUUUCUUCAUCCUGAGCAAGACCAACCCGAUCCGCGUGGGCUGCCACAAGCUCAUCAACCACCACGUCUUCACCAACCUCAUCCUCGUCUUCAUCAUGCUGAGCAGUGCCGCCCUCGCCGCCGAGGACCCCAUCCGCAGCCACUCCUUCAGGAACACCAUUCUGGCUUACUUUGACUAUGCUUUCACAGCCAUCUUUACUGUUGAAAUCCUGUUGAAGAUGACGACCUUUGGAGCGUUCCUCCACAAAGGGGCUUUCUGCAGGAACUACUUCAAUUUGCUGGAUAUGCUGGUUGUCGGGGUGUCUCUGGUGUCAUUUGGGAUCCAAUCCAGUGCCAUCUCCGUUGUGAAGAUCCUGAGGGUCUUAAGGGUCCUGAGGCCGCUCAGGGCAAUCAACAGAGCAAAAGGACUUAAGCACGUGGUCCAGUGCGUCUUCGUGGCCAUCCGCACCAUCGGCAACAUCAUGAUCGUCACCACGCUCCUGCAGUUCAUGUUCGCCUGCAUUGGUGUCCAGCUGUUCAAGGGAAAGUUCUAUCGCUGCACGGACGAGGCCAAAAGCAACCCUGAAGAGUGCAGGGGGCUCUUCAUCCUCUACAAGGAUGGGGAUGUUGAUAGCCCUGUGGUCCGGGAGAGGAUCUGGCAGAACAGUGAUUUCAACUUCGACAAUGUCCUUUCUGCUAUGAUGGCGCUCUUCACGGUCUCCACGUUCGAGGGCUGGCCUGCGCUGCUGUACAAAGCCAUUGACUCGAACGGAGAGAACGUUGGCCCGAUCCACAACCACCGCGUGGAGAUCUCCGUCUUCUUCAUCAUCUACAUCAUCAUCGUCGCCUUCUUCAUGAUGAACAUCUUCGUGGGCUUCGUCAUCGUCACCUUCCAGGAGCAGGGCGAGAAAGAGUAUAAGAACUGCGAGCUGGACAAAAAUCAGCGUCAGUGUGUUGAAUACGCCUUGAAGGCACGGCCCUUGCGGAGAUACAUCCCCAAAAACCCCUACCAGUACAAGUUCUGGUACGUGGUGAACUCCUCGCCUUUCGAAUACAUGAUGUUUGUCCUCAUCAUGCUGAACACACUCUGCUUGGCCAUGCAGCACUACGAGCAGUCCAAGAUGUUCAACAACGCCAUGGACAUUCUGAACAUGGUCUUCACUGGGGUGUUCACCGUGGAGAUGGUUUUGAAAGUCAUUGCAUUUAAGCCCAAGGGGUAUUUCAGUGACGCCUGGAACACGUUUGACUCGCUCAUCGUAAUGGGCAGCAUUAUAGACGUGGCCCUCAGCGAAGCCGAUCACUAUUUCACUGAUGCAUGGAACACUUUUGAUGCCCUAAUUGUCGUUGGCAGCGUGGUCGACAUUGCUAUAACUGAAGUGAAUCCAACUGCCAGUGAAAAGGCCCCUGUCCCAACUGCCACACCUGGGAACUCUGAAGAGAGCAAUAGAAUCUCCAUCACCUUUUUCCGUCUUUUCCGAGUGAUGCGACUGGUGAAGCUCCUCAGCAGGGGGGAAGGCAUCCGGACGCUGCUGUGGACUUUCAUUAAGUCCUUCCAGGCGCUCCCGUACGUCGCCCUCCUCAUAGCCAUGCUGUUCUUCAUCUAUGCGGUUAUCGGCAUGCAGAUGUUUGGGAAGGUUGCUAUGAGAGACAACAACCAGAUCAACAGGAAUAACAACUUCCAGACCUUUCCGCAGGCGGUGUUGCUGCUGUUCAGGUGUGCAACGGGGGAGGCCUGGCAGGAGAUCAUGCUGGCCUGCCUCCCCGGGAAGCUGUGUGACCCCGAGUCUGAUCACAACCCCGGGGAGGAGCACACGUGUGGGAGCAACUUCGCCAUUGUUUACUUCAUCAGUUUUUACAUGCUCUGCGCCUUUCUGAUCAUCAACCUGUUCGUGGCGGUCAUCAUGGACAAUUUUGAUUAUCUGACCCGGGACUGGUCAAUUCUGGGGCCUCACCAUUUAGAUGAAUUCAAAAGAAUAUGGUCAGAAUAUGACCCUGAGGCAAAGGGAAGGAUCAAGCACCUGGACGUGGUCACGCUGCUCCGCCGCAUCCAGCCUCCCCUGGGGUUUGGGAAAUUAUGUCCGCACAGAGUAGCCUGUAAGAGACUAGUCGCCAUGAACAUGCCUCUCAACAGUGACGGGACCGUCAUGUUCAAUGCAACUUUGUUUGCUCUGGUCCGCACAGCGCUUAAAAUCAAGACGGAAGGGAACCUGGAACAGGCAAAUGAAGAGCUCCGAGCUGUGAUAAAGAAAAUCUGGAAGAAAACCAGCAUGAAACUUCUCGACCAAGUCGUCCCUCCAGCUGGUGAUGAUGAGGUAACCGUGGGGAAGUUCUAUGCCACUUUCCUGAUACAGGACUACUUUAGGAAAUUCAAGAAGCGGAAAGAACAAGGACUGGUGGGAAAAUACCCUGCGAAGAACACCACCAUUGCCCUCCAGGCGGGGUUAAGGACACUGCACGACAUUGGGCCAGAAAUCCGGCGUGCCAUAUCCUGUGACUUGCAAGAUGACGAGCCGGAGGAAAUGAAACGAGAGGAAGAAGAUGUGUUCAAAAGAAAUGGUGCCCUGCUUGGAAACCAUGUCAAUCAUGUUAAUAGUGAUAGGAGAGAUUCCCUUCAGCAGACCAAUACCACCCACCGUCCCCUGCAUGUCCAAAGGCCUUCAGUUCCACCUGCAAGUGAUACUGAGAAAGCGCUGUUUCCUCCAGCAGGAAAUUCGGUGUGUCAUAACCAUCAUAACUAUGAUUCCAUAGGGAAGCAAGUGCCCAGUUCAACAAAUGCCAAUCUCAAUAAUGCCAAUAUGUCCAAAGCUGCCCCCGGAAAGAGGCCCAGCAUGGGACACCUUGAGCAUAUGUCUGAAAAUGGGCAUCAUUCCUCCUACAAGCAUGACCGUGAGCCUCGAAGAAGGCCCAGUGUGAAAAGAACCCGCUAUUACGAAACUUACAUUAGGUCCGACUCAGGAGAUGAGCAGUUUCCAACUAUUUGCCGGGAAGACCUGGAGAUACACAGCUACUUCGGGGACCCCCACUGCUGGGGGGGGCAGGAGUGUUCCAGCGGAGAGGAGCUCUGUGAGGAUGGCAGCUCGCCAGGUGGAAGCAGCAGGCAGUGCUCUGGCUCCUACAGCCGGUACCCGGGCAGCAGCGUGGACCCUGGGUGGCCCCAAGGCUAUCAUCACCCUCAGGGCUUCUUGGAAGAGGAGGACUGGCCCGUCUGCUACGAUUCCCGGAGAUCUCCAAGGAGACGCCUCCUACCUCCCACCCCGACAUCACCCCGGAGACCCUCCUUCAGCUUUGAGUGCCUGCGUCGGCAGGACAGCCAGGAGGAAGUGCCACUGUCCCCUUCCGUCCCCCGCCGCACGGCCCUACCCCUGCACCUGAUGCAGCGCCAGGUGAGCGAGGCCUGCCCUCAGGCCGCCCCUCCGGCGGCUGCCACACUGGGGGAUGGGAGAGGGCCUUCAUCUGCACCCCAGCUCAGUCCUGAACCAGCACCGUCAAACAGGCACCUUCCUGAGUGAGCCCCGCUCCAGGGGUGAGCCAUGCCAGAGGAUGGG